AGAAACCGGUGAGAGGGAUCAGUAAUCCCAGAGGACAGGAUUGUACUGGAAUUAAGUGGCUUUGAUGAUGUAUGCAACUCGCUCUCUCAUAACAAACUGCACAUUUAGCUCAGUGUCUGCAUGGGAGGAGCAGAAGGAUGCUACUGCUUUAUAAAAGACUGUUUGGCCUGAGGAUGUCAGCUGUUGCACUUCAGCUGUGCUGAGCGUGGUAAAGAUCAUUUCGACUUAUAAUGGAGGCUGGAGGAGGACCAGGUUUAAGUGUGCAGAAAAAAGGACUGAAGCAGCCAGAACCCAUCAAACCAUCACCAAACAACACAGAAGAAGAAGAUCAGGAGGCUAAAGACAUGCAGAAGGAGGCACUGAACAGACGUAAUGCCUGGGAGCCCAGUGUCUUCUAUUCCCUAGGCAAUGAGACCUUUUUAUUUACUGGGCAGGAGAUCAGCAUCCGAGAAUCCCUCGACUCUUUUGGUGCCGUCAUCUGGCCAGGGGCAGUGGCUCUCUGUCGAUAUUUGGAGAAACAACGAGAUCAGGUGGAUCUUCUGGAUAAAGCAGUGCUGGAACUUGGAGCAGGAACAGGACUGGUGUCCAUAGUGGCAAGUUUACUGGGUGCCUGGGUCACAGCAACAGAUCUGCCAGAUGUCCUGCCAAAUCUGAACUUUAACCUGUCCCGCAACACCCGGGGCCGCUGCAGGUACACCCCUCAGGUGGCGGCUCUGGUCUGGGGUCCAGAUGUGAAACGUAACUUCCCCAACUCCAUCUACCAUUAUGACUACGUGUUGUGUGCUGAUGUGGUGUAUCAUCACAACUUUCUGGAGGAUCUAUUAAUUAGCAUGCAGCACUUCUGCAGGCCAGAAACCACACUACUGUGGGCGAAUAAGGUACGAUUCCCUUCUGACUUGCGUUUCAUUGAAAACUUCAAAAAUGUUUUUAACGUCACUUUGCUGGAGGAGAUCCCUCAAGAGGAGGUAAGAAUCUAUCAGGCCACUGCAAAGAAGUGAGUCCAAAUGAAAAGAGAGAAAAAAGAUUAACAGGACGCAUAGCAAGAAUUAUAAAUGACAUUAUAUAUGAUCGCACAUUACCUGAAUCCAGCAACUCAGCACUGGCGGGAAAGCACUCCACCUCUUGGCCAUCUGCAAACUCACAUGCAAUAACGGCUGAGCGCAAUGGAACAAAACAGGAGCACAAAAAUGGGAAUAUCAAGUUUAAUUUCUUGAUCAUUAAAACCAACAUCUGACUAAAAAAUACCUGUGUUAUAUUGUUAAAUUUAAUAAUGUCUUUUGUAUUUUUGUUAUUG